AUGGCUUCAACAGUAGGAAAGACCAUCACCUGCAAGGCGGCUAUCGCCUGGGGCCCUGGAAAGGAUCUCAGCUACGAGGAUGUCGAGGUAUUACCGCCGCGGGCCCACGAGGUGCGCAUCAAGAUCGAAUACACUGGCGUGUGCCAUACAGACGCCUACACCCUCUCUGGCAAGGACCCCGAGGGUGCCUUCCCUGUGAUCCUCGGACACGAGGGGGCGGGCACCGUCGAGUCGGUCGGUGAGGGCGUCACCAACGUCAAGCCGGGCGACCACGUCGUGGCUCUCUACACACCCGAGUGCAAAGAAUGCAAGUUCUGCAAGUCCAACAAGACCAACCUCUGCGGCAAGAUCCGCGCGACGCAGGGCAAGGGUGUCAUGCCGGACGGGACGAGCCGGUUCCGGGCGCGCGGGCAGGACAUCCUGCACUUCAUGGGCACCUCCACCUUCAGCCAGUACACCGUCGUGGCCGACAUCUCGGUCGUGGCCGUGCAGCAGGACGCCCCCAUGGACCGAACCUGCCUGCUCGGCUGCGGCAUCACCACGGGGUACGGCGCGGCCCGCAUCACGGCCCGCGUCGAGGAGGGCAGUAACGUCGCCGUGUUUGGCGCGGGCUGUGUCGGGUUGAGCGUGGUGCAGGGCGCGGUGGCGCAGAAGGCUGGGAAGAUUAUUGUUGUGGAUGUUAAUCCGGCCAAGGAGGAGUGGGCGCGCCGGUUUGGUGCGACGGACUUUGUCAACCCGGCCCAGCUCCCCGAGGGCAAGAGCGUGGUCGACCGUCUGAUCGAGAUGACGGAUGGCGGCUGUGAUUACACGUUCGACUGCACUGGUAAUGUCAGUGUGAUGCGGGCUGCGCUCGAGGCGUGCCACAAGGGCUGGGGCGAGAGCAUUAUUAUCGGCGUGGCUGCCGCGGGGCAGGAGAUCGCGACGAGGCCAUUCCAACUUGUCACCGGCCGCGUCUGGAGGGGCAGUGCGUUUGGCGGCGUCAAGGGCCGCAGCCAGCUGCCGGACCUGGUCACCGACUACCUCGAGGGCCGCCUCAAGGUCGACGAGUUCAUCACGCACCGCAAGACGCUGCCCGAGAUCAACGACGCUUUCGAGGUGAUGAAGCAGGGCGACUGCAUCCGCGCCGUCCUGAACAUGCAGGCCUAA